AUGCAUGCGAGGCGAAGAGGACCGAAUUUUACGUAUGUCAGUGGAUGUGUAAAAUACAUGAUUUUUGUAUUAAACUUUAUAUUUUGGCUUUUAGGAGGUUUAGUAGUUUCUGUUGGACUCUAUGCAUUUAUAGAUAAGUGGCAGGCAACUGGACUCAUAAAGUUGGACACUCUAUAUGACUUAAUAUUAAAUAUUAGUCUCUUGAUUGCGUUGAUGGGAGGUGUGGUGUUUAUUGUCAGUUUUGCUGGCUGCAUUGGAGCUUUGAGAGAAAAUACCUGCUUGCUAAAGUUUUACUCCCUUUGCCUACUGAUACUAUUCCUAGUGGAAAUGGGAGGGGCAGUGUGUGGCUUUGUGUUUCCAAGAUCCCUUCAUGGCUUUAUCGAGCAAAGCUUCACAGAGAGAGUUGUGCACUCAUAUAGAGAGGACCCUGAUUUGCAGAAUUUCAUAGAUUUUGCACAGAGUGAUUUUCAUUGCUGCGGUCUCACAUCAGAUGGUUACAUGGACUGGUCAAAGAAUGAAUACUUCAACUGUACUUCCCCAUCUGUAGAAAAAUGUGGAGUUCCUUACUCAUGCUGUAUCAACCCUACGGAUAUAAGUUCAGGACUAGUGAACAUUAUGUGUGGGUAUGGGGUUCAAAACUAUCCGGUGGCAGAAGCGAGCAAGCGUGUAUGGACAAGUGGGUGUAUCGAAAUCGUUCGUCUAUGGGGCGAACGGCAUCUCUACACUAUAGCUUCCGUAGCCCUUGGGGUAGCAUUAUCACAACUAUUUGUUAUAUACCUCGCUAAGACCCUUGAGGGACAGAUUGAGUUGCAAAAAGCCAGUGACAGUCAAAUGACUGGGGUUAUAUUAACAAAUUAUCUUCAUCCAUGGUUCUUGUCCGAAUCUAGUGCGAAAAAUAACACAGUAAUUGUUACUUAA